AUGGAAAAGCACAAAGCCUUUCUUCAGGGCGUUUUGGAUGAGAACUCUGCCUUGACAGCUGAGAUCAAUCAGCUGACCUCUCAAUCCCAAACACAGUCCCAAGAGGAAUUCAACACCGCCAUCAAACAAUGCCUCCUGAAGAUUUACGAGGCUAUUAUCCAAAUGAGCCAACACCGUGGUAAUCCACGGACGCCUAGAUUGAAAGUCAUCGACGCGUGGAAAAGCUUACUGCAGCCCAUACAAGCCCUCACCCAACUGCCCUUUGGAGAUUUCCUUACCGCACGCAUGUUGCUUUACCUUGCCAUGGGUUUACGAGCUCAGCACGCCCUCGAUAUGAAAGUUUCUAAAGCUUUUGCUUCUAAGCCCAACUUUCCCCUGGACCAGAUGGAUAUAGCCAUGGAUAACACUUUGCUAAAAGCUCUUGGAAAGAUUUGGACCGAGAGUGACCGCAGCGAGGAGUUUGACUGGGUUUUCGGCGAGUACAAAAUCGGAUAUUGGAGGCCUGAGGAUAGAAAUGAGGAAGACGUACAGAUCCACUACCGUAUUGCUCAGGCACUCUCUCCGGCUGACCUCGCAUCUCUGGAUGGCAUUGGCGGAAGAAGUUUCGUCUUUGCAAAGAAGAAUGAGGUGGACGAGGACGAUGAUCAAGACUUCUGGGCGCCCUUCUCAGGAAGCAUUCCCGGCGACCACUACGAACGAAGCCGGUCCCAAAUUCACAUCCCCGAUGAUGAUGAGGUGGAGGCUGAUGAAUGGGUUUACAAAACAGUUGGCACAGACGGCCCAAUCCGCGAAAUGAUUGACUGCUGUAUCGUGCGCGAACAGAGAAAUUAUUGUACCGGUUUGGGUUUUUUCCCACGUUCGCGUCAGUUUAUCGUGGAUGCGAGACGAGUAGGACAACUAUUCACGGCUGUAAAGAAGCGCAUUCUCGCGGAAAGGGGGCUGUCUUAUGCUGGAAUGCCUCCAGAAAUACGAGCUGCCAUCAUUGGAUACCUCGAUCCACCAUUUCGACAUCCUUAUUUGUCAAAAUUCGAUAUUAUCAAGGCAUACGCCCCGUUUCCAGACAUAUCAAGUUGUUCUGAAUGCAAUCAGGAGAGCCAGACAUGCCCUGCCAAGAGCAUGUAUAUCUGGAAUGUACCGCUGCGUACAUUCUUUGUAUUUCAUCGGACCAAGACUAAUAUUGGGCUACUCUGCAAAUAUGGCACAGACUGCCAAGGUCACCACGAAGAUAAAUCGUGGAAAAUCUCCCAUGAAGUAUAUUUCAACGAGUACGUGGAAAAAAUCGUCAAAGAUAGAUGCGGAAGUGCCACGACUUUAUCUCAGGUUGGAUUUGCCCCCGCAGCAGAAUUCACAUUACGAGACAGAGAGGGAGAUGAGAAGCGGUCGAGGAGACUGUUUAAUGAUCGAGGACCUAUCGAGGAUAGUUCGAAUGAGCAGCGGAGCAAUGGAGGAUUGUGGGGAUUGACGGCAUCUAUGAUGCACAAUAAGAUUCUUCUUGGAUCGUGGGAGGGAGUUGAUGAGAGCUCGACUUGUUCGACGGCUUCGGAAUGGGCUUUGGCACGUUGUCUUGCUGAUAAGGAGUGUGCUGAGACUGCUAUUAUGAAGAUGCAUAAUCGCUGUGACCGAUGCUAA